AUGGACCCGGGGCUUUUCAGCCUCAACACAUUAUGCCGGAAGAUUGCUAAAGUUGUUCCUCCAGAGAAUGUCAUUCCGCGGAAUAUCGAGGACCCUACAUCGACAAUACUCCUCCGAAGCCGACUAAAGUCAAUUAGAGAGGGGAAGGAGGAUGUGAUUUCUCGGGCAAGAUACUUCCGCCGAGGAGUCUCUUGUGGAUAUGACCCUAGGAAUUCUGCUCCAAGUUCUUGUUUAAAUCGUGGAGCACCACAAUCUCACCUACAUACUGAGCCUUUGAUAGGCACCUGUCCACAGAAUCAGCGGUCUCACAGCGAGGAUAGCACUCUUUACUCAUCCUCUCAUUUCACUGAAGACCCAGUAGAAUUCUCUGAAGAAACAAGCAAAUUUGCCCAGGCCCUGAUGUACCCUGGUGCCUUUGCCAAUGAAGAGGAGGAGUUAGCUCUUCUGACUGCAGCCGUAAGCCGUCACAGGGUGGCUCGCGAAGGGGUUAGUCAAAAGGGGAUAAAAUCGCUUCCCCCACUGAGCACAGACAGAAAGCUAAUCCUAACCAUGGAUAACAUUGAGCGUGGCCGGACAGCUUCUGAAGCUCAGAGAACCCUCUCGAACUGUCUUUUCCGCUUUCCAAAAUAA